GCUUUCGCACACUGUCCCAGCACGCGUUCGCGGCUCUGAUUGGAAAAUAAACAAAUAACCAGGCGGAUCCACAAGUGGCAGGAGAAUGGGAGUCCGCGGCCUUACCAGUUACAUAGCACAGCGUGCGGAGAUCUACCUGAAGCCCUACGAGCUGCACUCCACGGCCCUGGUCAUCGACGGCGACAACCUGUCCUGCAAUCUGUACAAGGACGUGGCCGGCAGCUACUCCGCCUUUGGCGGGGACUACGACGACUUCUACCGGGCUGUGGUGACGUUCUUCCAGGUGCUGGCCGAGUGCAACAUCCGGCCGUACGUGCUCAUGGACGGGGGCUACGAGGAGCGCAAGCUGCGCACCGUGAGCACCCGCCUGAGGGGCAAGAUAUCCGUGAUCAAGAAGAUAAACCCGAAUGCCUCCAUCACACUGUUUCCCCUGCACCUGAAGGAGGUCUUCGUGGAUGCAGUGCGCGAUUGCGGGGUCCCCGUGAUGCGGUGCGUCUUCGAGGCGGACGACGAGCUGGCCGCCCUGGCCAGGAAACUCAACUGCCCAGUGCUCUCGUACGACUCGGAUUUCUACAUCCACAACGUGAAGUACAUCCCCCUGAUUACGCUCACCGUGAAGGUGCUCACCAAACAGGUGAAGGACAAGAACAGCGGCAAGCAGAAGGACUCCCGGGAUCUGCGACGCAACGAGGCCAAGAAUGUGGAGAAGCGCACCAAGGCGAACAAGAUUGUGAGUGGAAUACAAACCUCCGAGCAGGCAGUAACACCAAAAGGAAACACCAAGACCUACAAGUACCUCGACUGCUGCAUCUACCGAGUGUCCCAUCUCUGCGGGCGCAGCACCUUGAGUCCCGAGAAGCUGCCGCUUUUUGCCGCCCUCCUGGGCAACGAUUACAUUGCUCGCAGCGCCUUCAAGAACUUCUUUGCCGCCGGAAUGGGCAAAGCGGGGCGGAGCCGCAAGCUGAAGAUUCAGCAAAAGCGCAUAGCAGUCAUUCUUACCUGGUUAAAGGAAGAAACCGCCGAGUCUGCGUUGGCUAAAGUGCUGUCCAGGCUGAAAAAGAACCAGCGAGAUUCCCUAGUGUCCCAGGUCAAUGCAGCCAUUUCUGGCUACUCCAAUGAGCUGUGCCAUGCCUAUGACUUCUUCGAGGAGCACUACGACAAUGCGUUUCCCUAUAUAGAACCCGCCAGUGAGGGGGAAUCAAGUGAUGAAGAAGAAUUGGUCAGCCUGGAUGAAAAUGUAUCAGAGGGUGAAGAAAUCGAAGAGCAGGAGGAUGCUGAAAACCAAGAAGAGGAGCAACAGGACGGGGACCCUGCUGAAGAUCAAGAAGCUGAUUCUGGUGAAGAACUAGAGGAAGAGGAAGGGGAAACGGAAGAAGUGGAAGUGGAGGACAAAACCCUACUCUUCCCACAGUGGUUUCUGGACAAGCUCUACCCGGCUCACCUGUCCCGCUACUUUGUGGACCUUAUGCACCUGCGCAAGUACAUCAACAACCCACAGAUCGAGCACUUUCCCUUCCACGACUCCAAUGAACUGGCCCUGCCCAUCCUGAACUACGUUUUCUCCCUGCUCCACCACGUGGAGGGUGCCAAAACGGAGCCAGAAUUGGAUGCGGAUGGCUCACCACUUCCCAUUGAGUUUAGCUACCUCACCAGAGCUCUUCGAGUGACGAAUGUAAGGUAUCUUAAGAUGCCCAUCGAAAAGGUGCCUGCUUAUGCGUUUGAGCCGUCUAACCCGGAUCCAAGGCAUCUGCGGGUUGUAUUUGAAGCCAAUAUUCCGUAUGCGGAUGCGGAAAGGUUGUUCAGCAGGCUGGAUGAGCUGCCGGAGGACUUGAGGCUGUACUUCCUGGCCAUCAUCUAUUGGCUACAUCGCUCGGAGCACUGUGAUUUGGUGCAUCUCCACGCGCUGAUCCUCAGUUUGCUUGUGUUGCGAACCAUCGACGUUAAAAUACCGGCUGAAAGGGAGGAGAAGGCGUUCCGCAAGAGAUUCGGCAAGACACUGAAGGCUGAACGAGCAGUGAGGAAUAAAGAGGUCGCCGAAGGAGUUAAGCGUGGCGUCAAACCCGCUCUCCUCGAGCUCUCAAUACCAGAUCGAAUGGAACAUGUGCCAAAAUCGGAUUGCUAUUUAACCCAAGAACGCCUGCUGCCCCAUUUCCACAUGCAGGAGAUCUUCAAAAAGAAGUUUGACUUGUACUCCACGACGGUCAUCCAUGCAUUUGCUGAAUUUCAGGCUGUGGUCUAUCAGCUCAAUGGACUCAACUCCCUCUUGGACUUUCCACUGCCGAGUCCUAGAAUGAAUCAGCUUUAUUGCGGCGCCUUUCUCUACAACAUUUAUGAUCUUUUGAGAAACAGAGCAGAUGUUCGCUACCAUGUAGAGAACUUUCUGCUGCCCGACUCCAAGCUGAUGUUUGACUUCUACUGCUAUUUGUACGACUGGUGUGCGGAGUUUAUUCCACAUUGGAAGAGGGUGGAGGUGGAUCAGUCGGCGGCUAAGGCGCAGCAGAAGAAGCGUCUGAAGAAGCACCGUCAGGCGACCAGGAAAGCGGAGGCAAAGGAGUCCAAUGCGGAUCCCAAUGCGGAUAUGGUCAAGGAUGCUGAUCCAGAAGAUGACUUCUUUGAUUUGAACAACAAAUUCUGUGCGCUCAAAGUGGCGUAGAUUACUGAUACCUAUUUAGUGCAAUUUUUAAGCCAGUUUAUGGAACUUUAUUUUGUUUUUAAUAAAAAACGAGAUUCACCUUGGA